AUGGACAUGGCAAGUCUUGUAGUAAUCUUGUUUCUCAUCUCCACAUCGUCUCUCUCUGCAACUCCACACGAUCUUCUCAGCUGCGACACAGCCUCCCACACUGAAGAAGAAGCAUCUUCCUCCUCCAGCUACUUUUGCGACUCAAACAUCAAAAAGUGCCACACUUUCGCCAUUCUCAGAGCGAAUUCACUCUCCAGUUACCAUCUUGGUCUCGAGUUUGUCCCGCAAGGUCAGUUACUGUUGAUCACGAUCGACUGCAGAUGUAAUGGAAGGAUGUACGAGGCCCAUCUCCUGAAAACUUGCGUUAGAGGCGACACCUUUCACUCUAUCUCUCAAUCCCUGCAAGGCUUGACCACGUGCCUAUCUAUAAGAGAGAAGAAUCCAGGAAUUUCUGAGGACAGUCUGGACGAGAAUGUUGAGUUGCGUUUAGCGGUCAGGUGUUCUUGUCCAGAAGAAGGCGUUUCAAACGCCAGAUUUCUGGUGACAUAUCCCGUGAGCGAGGGAGAAAGCGUUUCAAGCCUGGCAGCUAAGUUCAACACAACAGAGGAUGCUAUUGUCUCCGCUAACAACAGAUCUCGACUGCUUCCACUCGCGCCUGCUCUCAUCCCUCUUUAUCACAAACCGGUUCUCGAUUCGUUGCCUAAACCGGGAAACCCCGUACCACAGAACACCACGGCCGAGACUCGCCGGAAGAAGAAGAAAAAGCGGUCAAAGAUGAAGCUCAUGAUCGCUGUGAGCAGCGCCAUUGCUGGAGUUUGCGGUCUUUUCACUCUCAUGGUGUUCGGUUACUUGCACUGGAAGAAAGAGACGGCGAUGCAAACGCAAGCGCAGAACUGGAUUAGCCGUAAAGAUCCCGAGGCCCGGCAGCUGAGCCUGAGCAUCCGAACCACCAGUGACAAGAAAAUCUCGUUUGAAGGGUCUCAGGACGGUUCCAUUUUGGAUUCUCACAACACCGUUGGCACCACAACGCCUCGAAAACCCGUCCUGGAGAUUUAUGCGUUUGAAGAGUUGGAGAAAGCCACUGAUAAUUUCAGCUCAAGCAAUCACAUCAAGGGUUCGGUUUAUUUCGGUUCACUAAAAGGCAAAGACUUGGCCAUAAAGCAAGUGAGCGCACUUGCAAUGAAAAGAUUCGAUUUUGGGCUUCUCAACGACCAGUCACACUACUACAACCACAAUCUCGUUAGGGUUCUUGGGACAUGUUUCAGAGAAACCGAAACCGAUGAGGGCGGGUCUUAUCUAGUUUUCGAGUACGCAAAGAAUGGGUCUCUUUGGGAUUGGCUCCAGAACAAACUGGCGAUCAAGAAUCAGUUCAUCGAGUCUUGUUACUGCUUCUUGGCAUGGAAACAGAGGAUCAAGAUCUGUCAUGAUGUCGCCAUCGCGUUAAAGUACAUGCAUCGGAUUAACUACGUCCACGGCGACAUAAAGAGCAGGAACAUCUUCUUGAAUGAAGAUCUCAGAGGUAAAGUUGGAAGAUUUGGCAUGUCAAAAUGCGCAAGGGAUGAAUUAGCGAGCGAGGAGAACAUUCUAGAAGCUGAUACGUCUUCAGCUAGUGACGUUUUCGCAUACGGGAUUAUGGUAAUGGAGGUUCUGUCUGGACAAACGCCAGAGAUGUUGCUUGGAUCGCAAGAACAAGAGACAACAUCUCUUGGGACACAAGAGACUGGUAUGUCGGAAUGGAAGAGAAUGAGAAGGGUUCUCGGGGAGAAGGAAAUGCUGAGGGAAGUGAUGGAUAGCACAUUAGGAGAGAGCUAUUCAGUCGAAUCCGCGUUUGAAAUGGCAACAAUUGCAAGAGACUGUACAGCAGAAGAAGCCGAGUUAAGGCCGAGCGCGGUGGAGAUUGCAGAGAGGGUUUCGAGAUUGGUGGUGGAUGACGAUGAAGACGACGAAGACGAAGAGGUAAUGGAGAGAGAGGAUACCAUGAUUUCAGAGAGCUCUUACAAGCCUUUGGUAAAGAAGAAUACUGUAGUAGACUAG